AUGCGACGAUGCUGCCGAAAGCCUUCGCCACUGCUGGUGAAGUCGACGCUUAUCAUGAUCGCGGCUGCCUCGAUAGUGGUCGGCUGCUCUGCAGCAGUAACCCCGUCGGUGCCCGACGCUCAGAUCAAAUGCGACUGCAAUCCCUGCGGCUGCACGCAGAAACCGCCGCCUCCGCCUCCGCCUCCGAAGUGGCCCGUACCGUAUUGUCCUCCGCCGCCACCGGCGCCGUAUCUUUACAUAGUCGGCACGCCAGGUAAUCUCUACCCGUUUGACCCCAAUUACUACCCCUCGAGCGCUCGCCGGAGCUACGCUGGGCCGAUGCCGGUCUUCCUGGUCUCCGGGCUGCUCGCCCUGUGGAAGAUUUGGUGGCUAUGA